AAUUUGCAUAGCUGUAAAAAAAAAGAAGGAAAUCAAAACAAGAAGAAAAAUGCAACGAGCCAACAUUGAGUUUGAGCGUCAACGUCAUCUGGCCAAUUGGCUUGUGAAGAGCAGUCCGCACAUGGCAGCUGCUGCAGCGGCGGGCGCAGCGCCACCCACGGCAGGAGCUGGAACUUCAGCAGCGGCAGCCACAAUAGGAGCUGCUGGUGGUGGUGGUGGUGCGGCGGCAGCUGCAGUUGCAGCGCAAGGCGCGCCUGGCAACAGCGCUGCUGCCUGUAACGGCGCUCCACCUGGUGUACAUCACGGUCACAUGUCAGCUGCGGCCGCUGCUGCUGCUGCCGCUGCCGCUGAGGCACGGAAGCCGAAGCUGCGUCGCUUCAACUCGCACGACACCAGCUCAAACAUGUUCUCCGUGGCGGACUUUGAGAAUGCGCGUCUGGCGCGUCGCAACGACAUCGAGCUGAAGCAGCGAUUGGCCCGACGCCAGCGGAAUAGCGCCAAUGGCAGCUAUGGCAACGCCGUCUACAGCGUCUUCUGCGGCGGCCUAAUUGACAGCAGCGAUUACUCCACCGGCGACAGCAAGACCUCCAAGUGCAGCAGCAGCAGCGAGGAACCGCUGCCCGCAGAGAUAUUUUUGGAGCGGCACUCGUUGCCGCAAGUUGUUCGCAUUUUGUACAGCAGCAAAAGCUCCAAUGAGACACUUCAGUCGAGCUCAUCGCACGGCUCCUCCACGGCCGCCUCGAGCAGCUCCUCGGCGGGCCACAAGCAGCAGCUGUCCAAUGAUCCGGCCGCGGUCACGGGCACUGGCACUGGCACCACCUCAUCCUCCAGCGCUGGCAGCGGCAAUCACAACAACAACAACAACAACAGCAGCAUUGCUCAGCCUGGUCACGACGAGCUCUUCUUGCUCUACAGGCUAGUGCGUCAGCGUCACAUUUACCACGGUCACAAUGCCAAAUCGCAGGCGGCGCAGCGCAAGAAAACGGUUCUCAUACCCCAGGAGUUUUCAGGCUACUUUUCGCUGCUGAACGAGAAGGGUUUGCCAACGGCAACGGUCUACAACUCGCUGAUGCAGUUGGUGCGGGAGCGUGUCUACAAGUUUGCCUCGGUGGACAAUAUGCCGGCAUUCACCGAAUCGACGCCGCAUGGCAACAACAGCAGUCCCAAUCACGAGGGCUGCUUGCCCAGCAGCAAGAGUCGGCCGCAGUAUGUGAAGACAACGGCGCGGGGCGGCCAGGUGUUCCGGCUGCUCGCCGUCUUUGAGGAUGGCAAGCAGGAGCAUGGCCAUGGUCAUGGCCAUGGCCAGCACAAUGGUCACCAGUUGAGCCAGUCGAAUCACAGUGUGUCCAAGUCGCACAGUGGCUCAAGUGGCGGCGGCUAUAUGGGGCGCGACAAGGAGAAGGGACGCUAUGCGCAGCUGCUGAACGAGCAGCGGCAGGUGAUGUAUGUGCCGCUUGCCACCAAGGGCAAGUUCUACGAGAUCGAGAAGGGCAUACCGCAUCUGCUGCAACAGAAACUGGGCGACACGCAACGCAAACUGAAUCCGGAGUGUGUGCAUCGAUUGGGCGCCUUGGUUGCCGCUGCCAAGCAGCUGCCGCUGAUGUUGCGCUACAUAUCUGGUCCCGCCGGCGCCGAGAUACCCGAGCAGCUGAGCAUCAGUCGUGUGUGCAAGGAGGAUGUCAUCAUUGGCUGUCCCAUUGAGGAGCUCGAUGGCGCAGGCCAACAGCAGCAGUCGCAGCAGCAGCAGCAUCAGCAGCCGCCGCAGCAACCGUUGCAGUUGCAGCUGCGCAAAGUAUAUCUGAGCCGGGAGAUGCAGCUGCUCAAGUGCAUGCUGGGCUUUGAGUCAGAGAUGCGAAUGCUGGGCAACACUCAGGUGCAGAACAUGCUCUCGUUCUGUCAGUUCAACUGCGACCACUUUCUCAGACUGGUGGAGAUCGAGCUGUUGCAGCGCAACGAUCGCUCAGCCAGCAAGACGCGUGAGGGCCUCAAAAUACUGAAGCCGCUGCAUCUGCCCAAGUUGUUGCGACGCGAGAAGAGCAGCAUGGCGGCGCCGGGCAACAAUAGUUCCGCGCACGAGAAGGAGGACUCGAUCAUAUUCCUUAGCAAGACCGAUCUGGAGCAACUGGAGGCCAAAGAGGCAGCAGCUGCUGCCGCUGCUUUGGCCAGCAGAGAGAGCGAGAGCUCCACAAACCGGAUCACGGAACGCAUGAAGGUCUUUCAGUCUACCAAAAAGAAAUGGUUUCGCAAGCAGCAACAUCAUCAGCAGCAGCAUCAACAGCAGCAUCAACAGCAGCAACAGCAGCAGCAGCAGCUGGAUAAGCCCAAUUCGCCCGCAGACUUGCAGCUGGAUGUGCAGGCGAAGCGGAUGAGCAUGGAACGGUAUACGGACAUGUCCAAGCUGCUGCAGGAGCGAUUCGGCAAUGCCAGUAAUGAGCCCAUUGCAGCUCUAGCGGCAGACACCCAAUCGCUGCACAGCGAAACAGAGACAACAACGCUGAGCAACAGUUUGGAGCGCAGUUCCAUGCCCAAGUCAUUGGAUACACUGCUGCAGAAGUCGAUGUCGCUGCAGAAUAUUGAACUGUUGAACGGACAACGGAAGGAGCAGCGACCCGAUCUGCUGGCUGCACAUGCACACACCGAUGCCAUCAGCGAGGCCGGCACCGAGCUGGACGAUGUGGAGAAUCAGACGCCGCCGCCGCAAUCCUUCAUCACCGAGAAGCUCUACAACGAGUUCCAUGUGAAGACGCGCCAGUACAGCAAGUCCUCGAGCAGUCUGCAUCAGUUGCGCCACUUCUCGCUGCCGCAAAAGCUGCAGCUGCACGAAACGGAGCGCGAGAAGCGCAGCCAGCAGCAGUUCCGAGCGCAGUUGCAGCUGGGCAAGUUGCCCAUCACUGGACGACGUGCAGCUGGUGGCGUCUCGCUGCUGGGCGGCUUAGUUGCCUUAUCACCGGCGGCGCAGCUUUCGCCCACCUCGUUGGUGGAGGAUGAUCUGCCCUAUUCGAGUGUGCGUGACUCGCUGGUCGUGGACAGUCUGGAGAGCGGCGAGGAACAGGAGCAGACACCAGCAACGCCCGCGCCCAUCGACUACACCAAGGAGAAUAUCUAUGCGGAAAUCUGUGCCUCGCACACCUGCGAAAGUUUCUCGGGCGCCACGCAGCUGACACAGCUGCCGCAGCAGGAUAACGAUGAGGAUGACGACGACGACGACGAUGACGGUGACUACGCCUCGCUCAGGUAUCAACCGAAUGGGCCGCAAUCUGUGAGCCGGGUCGAAAUCAAUUGCACACCCACCACGACAAGCGCUAUCAGCUAUCAUACCGUUUAUCUCGGCGAGGAGGCGCUCGGUGAGCGGCAUGUGGCGUCUGGUGCUCAGCAUAUAACCACCGUGGAGCUGGCUGGAGAGGAUAACAUAUACAAUACGCUCAAAUGAUGAUUCAUGUGAUUCCGGCGACGACGCUUAGCCGGCGCCAAUGGGCUAUUCUGAAUGUGAAAGGACAAUGCGAAUUCUAGAAUAUAGAUAUACAAAACGUACAUAUUAAUUC